GGACUGGGAUUUUGAUUUCGUCCAGCUGUGCUGCGAGCCUGCGACUCAUGAGGGUUGUAUGGCCACAUGCGCCUCUCCAAGCGUCGGCUACCUACCCAGUCGAACUCUGCCCCAAGACACAGUCCUCACCUCGUUGAAGAACUCUUCCUUUCUCCUAUUCCCCUCUUCUCAUUUCUUCUUUAUUCCAUUUCUAAGUUCUGGUUAACGCGUGAACGUUCUGCAUCUGUUUGCCUAUACACAUAUCAAAAGCGAGAAAAAAAAAAAAAGAAAAGGAAAAUCCGUCUCUUUUACAACUGGUCUCAAACCGUGACAUAGAAAAAAGGAGACAACACAACUAGCAAAACAGGAGGAAAAGAAAGGGAAUAGGGUAAAUCAGAAGAAAACCCAAGUUAUACCCAUCAUCCCUUUUUUGAUCCAGUCUUGUUUUCCUCAAUUGUGGCUGUGAAAGAUCAGUCUAUAAGCCAUGGUGCUUGAUGGCAUUGUUUCUUCUCCGAUGCGUAGGAAGUCAUUCCCAAGGGAUGACUUGGGUAGCUGGUCUACACUUUUCCAGAGGCAUCGCUACCUCCUAACAGCUUUGGCACUUUUAGCAUUCCUCUGUACCAUCUACCUCUAUUUUGCAGUUACUUUAGGGACCACUGGUUCAUGUUCUGGGUUGAAAGGGACACAGAGAGCAACUUGUGAACUGCAGCAUGCAGGGUCGUCUCUUCACAAUGGAAAAUUGAAAUUCUUUUAGCACUUAGAAGAGGGUUUUACUUAUUUAUCAUUUUUUCUUUUCAUUUAAAAGGUAUUUAAUUUGAAAUAAAUACAACUAAUAUGUAGUAGAUUAGUUUGUGUUGUCUAGUGAUCAUCUUGUUAAUAUGCAGCAUGAUCUUUGCAGCAUAAACAAUUUAUUGAACCUGUUCAAAUUGAAUUUAUUAUGAAAUUUCUCGCUAUUGUUGUGGCUACUGGUUGUUUGAUUGUUUCUGUUUUAAACUUAAUCGAAUUAACAUUUAGUUGUUUG